GUCCUGGUGGACCUGGAACCUGGGACCAUGGACAGCAUCCGAUCCAGCCGACUGGGGGCCCUCUUCCAACCAGACAGCUUUGUCCACGGUAACUCUGGGGCCGGCAACAACUGGGCCAAGGGCCACUACACGGAGGGGGCCGAGCUGGUGGAGAGCGUGCUGGACGCGGUGCGCGCCGAGGCCGAGGGCUGCGACUGCCUGCAGGGCUUCCAGCUCGUGCACUCGCUAGGCGGGGGCACGGGCUCAGGGAUGGGCACGCUGCUCCUGGGCAAGAUCCGCGAGGAGUACCCCGACCGUAUCCUCAACUCCUUCAGCGUGAUGCCCUCGCCCAAGGUGUCGGACACGGUGGUGGAGCCCUACAACGCCGUGCUGUCCGUGCACCAGCUCCUGCAGAACUCGGACGCCUGCUUCUGCAUCGACAACGAGGCCCUCUAUGACAUCUGCUUCCGCACCCUCCGGCUGGCCACGCCCACCUAUGGCGACCUCAACCACCUGGUGUCCCUGACCAUGAGCGGCGUCACCACGUCGCUGCGCUUCCCAGGCCAGCUCAACGCCGACCUGCGCAAGCUGGCCGUGAACAUGGUGCCCUUCCCGCGCCUGCACUUCUUCAUGCCCGGCUUCGCGCCGCUCACGGCCCAGGGCAGCCAGCAGUACCGCGCGCUCUCAGUGGCCGAGCUCACCCAGCAGAUGUUCGACGCCCGCAACACCAUGGCCGCCUGCGACCCCCGCCGCGGCCGCUACCUGACCGUGGCCUGCAUCUUCCGGGGGAGGAUGUCCACCAAGGAGGUGGACGCGCAGCUGCUCGCCGUGCAGACCAGGAGCAGCGGCUGCUUCGUGGAGUGGAUCCCCAACAACGUCAAGGUGGCCGUGUGCGACAUCCCGCCCCGGGGGCUGAGCAUGGCGGCCACCUUCAUCGGCAACAGCACGGCCAUCCAGGAGCUCUUCAGCAGGAUUUCUGAGCACUUCUCGGCCAUGUUCAAGAGGAAGGCCUUCGUGCACUGGUACACGGGCGAGGGGAUGGACAUCAAUGAGUUUGCCGAAGCCGAGAGUAAUAUCCAGGAUUUGGUGUCCGAGUACCAACAGCUUCAAGAUGCCGAAGCAGUUCCGGAGGAGAAGGAGGAGGUCGGGGGCGAGGCAGAAAGGGAACCAGGAGAUAAGGGACAUUAA